AUGUCUGCCAACAUGGACAUUCAAUCUCUCCUCCCUGUGCAUCUGCUUGCACUAGUUGUUGUUUCGGCUUUUGCAUACGUCAUUGGCGAUGUCAUAUAUCAACUGCGCUUCUCCCCCUUGUCCAAGUUUCCGGGUCCAAAGAUUGCCGCGGUGACAUAUCUGUAUGAGUUCUAUUAUGAUGCCGUCCUUAAGGGGCGUUAUAUCUUCAAAGUCAAGGAGCUGCAUGAGAGAUAUGGACCUAUAAUUCGCAUCAGCCCUCGAGAACUUCAUAUCAGUGAUCCGCAUUUCUACAGUGUUCUGUACUCACAUAGCAACCCUCGAGACAAGGAAUAUUAUUAUCUGAAGCCAUUCGACUUUCCCCUUUCUUCCUUUGGCACGGAAAGUCACCAGCUUCACCGCUUAAGACGAGGUGCUAUGAACCCCUUUUUUGCAAGAUGCCGAGUUCUCCAGCAGGAGAGCCUAAUUCAAGACCUUGUGAAAAAAUUAUGCAGCCGGAUCGAGAGCUUUGGCGCAGAUGGCGGCGUUGUGCCGCUGUCACUCGGCUAUACCUGUCUGACCACAGAUCUGAUCACCACAUUCACUAUGGACCGAUGUUACGGCUACCUCGAAGCUCCAGACUGGUACCCUAGUUGGGGCCAAGUGCUUCGAGAUGCAUCCGAGAUGUCCAUGGUUUCAAGACAGCUGACUUGGAUACUGUCGCUAUUGAAGAUGCUUCCAAAAUCACUCACGAUGUCUUUGAACCCAGGCCUCAAACUGUUCUAUACGUUGGCGGAACGCUGUAAGGAAAGGAUCGACGAGGUGCAGUACGAACGUCAGAAGGGAAACAAAGGCGCCGGAGAGACUGUUGGGCACAAGAAGACCAUAUUUGACCAGAUAUUCGACUCCAGACUCAGCAGUGAAGAGAAACGGCCGGCAAGAUUGGCCCAGGAAGUCCGUUCUAUUAUCGGUGCGGGAACAGAGACAACCUCGAACUGUCUAUCUGUUAUCUCCUACUAUCUCCUGCGGGAUCCAGAGAAGCUUCGAAGACUCAGAGAGGAGCUUCGGGAAGCCGAACCAGACCCAACGGCGGAGAUCAAGCUGUGCCAACUUGAGAGGCUCCCGUACCUGUCUUCGGUUGUCCUCGAAGGAUUAAGGCUAUCAUAUGGCGUCAGCACUCGCCUACAACGAAAAUCUCCCAAAGACGUAAUCGAGUAUGGCGGAUAUGCUAUCCCACCGGGUACACCGGUGGGGAUGUCAUCUGUGAUCAUGCAUCACAGUGAAGACAUAUUUCCCGAGUCGUGCAGUUUUGUCCCUGAACGGUGGCUAGAUCUUCAGGAGCGGAAAUAUCUGGAAAAGUACAUGGUCUCCUUUAGCUCAGGAUCGAGGAGGUGCCUUGGGAUGAACCUUGCCAAAGCCGAAAUAUUCAUUACGGCCAGCACCAUAUUCCGUCGGUUUGACUUUGAAAUGUGCAACACCACGCUGGAAGAUAUCCAAAUCCACCACGACCUAUUCAUUCCUCGGCCGAAGAAUCUAAAGACCAUCGGUGUUCAGGCAAGACUAAAGGGCAAGUUAGCGGCCAACAAGGCUAGUGAGGAAUGA